AUGAAGAGCUAUACAACUAUUGGAAAUUCAAAUAGUAUAGAAGAUGAUGUAAAUUAUUAUGAACGUGAAAUUGAGCGAUAUAUGCAGGAAUCGCUGGAUAGUACUCAGAGAGCUAGAAGUAAGCUGGAAGAAAGUGAACAGAUUGGAAUUUCUGCUGCUCAGGAUUUACUGGCACAGCGUGAAAAACUCGAAAAUACGGAAAAAAAUUUGGAUGAAAUUGACAAAACAACGAAAAUGACUCAGCGAAAUCUAAACAGUUUGAAAUCUGUGGUCGGAGGAUUUUUCAAGAAUAAAUUCUCUCGUGCACCUAAGGAUUCCUCAACAGAGAUGUCUUCAUGCAAGUCUUCUAAUUCCCUUAGUAAUACUAUAGGAAAAUUAAAUGAUGAUUAUGAUUAUCGAAAGGGUCCAAUCUCUACUUCGGGCCCAACUCUUAGCGAAAAUUCAAGAUCUAUGAUCAAAGGCACCAGAUGGGAAGUAAUGGAUAAUGAAAUCGAUGCUAAUUUAGAUUCCAUGAGUUCACAGUUAUCUCGCCUACGCCAAAUAGGUACAGCCAUUGGUGAAGAAGUAGAUUCGCAAAAUGAACUUCUUGACCGAAUUCAUGAAAAAGUUGAGAGGAGUGAUGCGCGCGUUAAAGAUCAGGAUAACCAGAUGAGAAGAUUGUUGGGAAAUGUGCAAAAAGAAGAACAACAACCAACACUCCCUUCAGUAAACAAAAAAAAGUACAAGAUGCUGUUCAGCGCUGUCAGAAGUGCUUUCUAA